AUGUUUCCCUGCUCUCGUAUUUGGUCUCUGCUCGUUGCAGCCACCACCGCUAGUGCUGUACCCACCAGCCUGGCCACCACGCACCUGCAAUCGGUUGACUUGCUUCUGACUCGCAGUUCUUACGGGUUUCUUACUGACAUAGCCCUUGGAACUCCGGGUCAGAGCCUGCCGUAUCUGGUUGACUGGACCUGGACCGGCCACUAUGUGGUGACCACCUUGUGUUACAACGAUCCCACCGCCACCUACGAUUGUCUCAACGUCGAUCAGAAAAUUUUCAACCAGACUUUGUCAUCCACAUUUAUCAACCAAACUGACCAGUAUGGCUAUCUUUACUGGGAUCCCAACCACUUCUACUUUACGGAGCCCGCAGCAGCCGAUGUGGCGACGGACAUGCUGCGCAUCGGUCCCACCGCGGUGAACACCACCAUCCAAGCAGCCAAUUUCGUCUUCAACGAGACUAUUAGCGCAUUCCCUUUCUCGGGAGUAUACGGACUGUCGCCUGUUUUUCAGUCUGAUAAUCGAUCCGUGCAAGCGUCCUUCUACCAAGGAUGGAGGAGCGGCGCCUGGCACUCUCCAAUUGUCUCUUUUAUCUACUGCCACGACAAUGCCACCAAAGCGGUAUGCAGUGGUUACGACGGCCUUCAGACACUAGGCGGAUACAACACCUCUCACGUCCGGGGAGAUAUCACCUGGUACGACAUCACUGUCACGGAGGCGAUCAACACUCUGGACUUUGUCUAUGCGCCAGCCGUGAUUAAUUAUUGGGCGUUGAACCUCACGCGCUUCUCUAUCGGAGAGGAAGAGCAGGAGCUCAACAAGACCACUACUCUGGAUGGAAAGCAAGCCGCCGUUGCUGCGUUCGACCACGCUUCGUAUGGUCGCGGUGCCCCAGUGUCUGUGUACGGUUACCAGCGUCUAGUCGAGCUGGUCGGGGCAAAGGCCGUCACGCUUUCUGAUCCUCCAAAUAACGGUGAGCAGGGAUUCUAUCAGUUUGAUUGCCGGAACUCGAGUUUACUGCCACCGCUGCGGUAUGAGUUUGCCGGGUCAGAGAGGGCGUGGGAGAUUGUGCCCGAGAACUAUGUGGAGGUGCUGGCGAACGGAACCAAUAAGUGCACCUUUAAUGUACGCACCCUGGGAGAUGGAGCGAUGGUAAUGGGAAACUUUGGCGAGACGUUUGCCAUUGACAAGUAUGUCAUGUUUGAUUUUGAGAAGUUGCAGGUGGGAAUUGCAGACUUCGCGUGGUAA